UUCCUUGCCUUCAUUGUCGGUUUAUGCUGCCUUCAGCGCGGGAACGAUUUGUAGUGCAGUUCCAGUGGGAAGGAAGUUUUUGAACACACAUACAAAAAAACAAACAGAUAUGGAUCCUUCGGAGGUCGAGUUCCUUGCGGAGAAAGAGAUGGUGAAGAUAAUACCAAAUUUCAGCCUAGAUAAAGUCUUUUUAAUCGGGGGAGAUCUGGGUCCCUUCAACCCUGGACUACCUAUUGAUGUUCCCGUGUGGCUGGCUCUAAACCUAAAACAGAGACAGAAGUGUAGAAUUAUUCCUCCUGAGUGGAUGGAUGUUGAGAAACUGGAGGAGAUGCGAGACCUUGAGAGAAAAGAGGAUAUGUUUACACCUGUUCCCAGUCCUUACUACAUGGAGCUUACCAAGCUGCUACUAAACCACGCGUCUGACAACAUUCCUAAAGCAGAUGAGAUCCGUACACUGGUCAAAGACAUCUGGGAUACUCGCAUUGCCAAGCUCCGCCUGUCCGCUGACAGUUUCAUCAGUCAGCAGGAAGCUUAUGCCAAGCUGGACAACCUUACUCUGAUGGAGAUCAACACCAUACGAGCGUUUCUUCUUGAUACUCUCAACUGUAUGUACAAGCUACGGUCCAACGUGCAGUGAGGGGCAGUUCAUGGACUACUGGUACAAAAGCUCAAACACACACAAGGCUUGCUAAAAAGGGUUGGAUUUAGCAAGACUGGGGUUAAACCUAACAUUAAAGACAGUUUUCUGGAAAAGUGAAGAGACGUACUCAGCUAUUUAAGUUAUCAUGUUGAUCUCCGGUCUGUUUUGUGUGAAUCUGCAUGUAGUUACAGACUGAAAGCUUUGUAUCUGCUGUUUGCAGUGAGUGUAUCAUUUGUGAAUGUUGUCAUUAGGUUUCAAAAUGUAUGUAUGUGCAUGUAAACAGAGUAUAUACAUGUAUACUUUUUUCCCCUCACAAUUUUUAAUCAGUCUUAUUCUGAUUUUUGAUCUUGUUGUUGUGUUAGUGAUUAAAAAAGAUGUUUUCUGGUUUACUAGAAUGAAUGUGGUUUCUGUCAAACAUUGGUAAACUAAACAAUUCCUUCCUAAAAUGUAUUUAAGUGUGGAAAAAACCCAAAUUAAAAGGAAUUCCACUCAA